AAACAGAAGGUACCCAUUUUGUAGGUUAAAGAAUUGAGGCAUAUUUUGCAGUAUAAGGAAAUAAUCACUACUUUGUACACCUGAAACUAGUAUACUGUUCUAUGUCAGUUAUACCUCAAAAAGAAUUGAGGUAUUGGAAAUGGAAUGGCUUGCUUUAGACCAGAUGGUGCAUACUUAAGGAUUGUAUUUAGCCAUGACAGAAAAUCUAAACUCAUAGUAGCUUGCAAAAUAAAAUGUUACUCAUUUCCAUGCAAAAUUUGGAUAGAAGCAAUUCAGGGCUGGUAGAACCAUUUCAUGAAAGGUCAGACUCGUGUUGUUUGUGUCCGCAUACCAUCACUGACCUCCAUGUCUCAAGAUGACUGUCCUAGCACCAGUCACCACAUUUGCAUUUCAUCCAGUGGGAAGAAGCACACACCUUUCCCUUUAAAAACAAAAGCAAAGCAAACAAACAAUACCUUUAUUGGGACGUAAUCUACCUUACUGUUAACCCAAUUAAAUUGUACAAUUCGGUGGCUUUUAGUAUAGCCACAGGAUCGCCACAAUCUGAUUUUAGAGUGUUUUCAUUCUGUCUAGUGUUUUAAUUCUAGAAGAAACCCUGUACUCCCUACCCUCGGUUCUACACUCUGUUGAUGUACCUGUUGUGGACAUUUUGUAUACAUGGAAUCAUACAGUAUAUGGUUUUCGUAUCUUUUAAUGUUUCCAAGGUUCAUCCAUGUCCUUUUUAUUGUGGAGUAAUAAAUAGUCCACUGUAUGGAUACACCUACCACAUUUUAUUUAUCCAUCAGUUAAGGGACAUUUGGGUUUUCACUUUUUGGUUAUUUUAAAUCUUGAUAUGAAUAUUUGUGUUCAAAUUUUUGUGUGAGCAUGUUUUUUUCUAGGGUAUAUACUCGGGAAGAAUUGCUGGGGCAUAUGCUAAUUCCAUGUUUAACUUUUUGAAGAAUUGCCAACAUUUUCUAUAGCACCUGCACCAGUUUACAUGCCCACAAGCAAUGUGUGAUUUCUCCACGUCCUCCCCAGUGCUUGUUAUUGUUGGUCUUUUUAUUCCUAGCCAUCCAGUGCUGUGGGGUCUUGGAGUUUGGGUUUUCCCUAAUGACAUAAGCAUCUUUUCAUGUGCUUAUUUUUUGUCUAUUGAAAAGUACCUCUUGAAACCUUUUGCCCAUUUUUAAGUGUUUUAUUGUUAAGUUGUAAGUGUUCUUUAUAUAUUCCAGUACCAGCCCUUAUGAUUUGGGGAUAUUUCUCCCAUUCAGUGGGUUGUCUUUUCACUUCGUUGGAUUGUUUGCAGCACAGUUGCUCAUCUAGAUAUGGUCCAGCUUGUGGUGUCCUAAGAAACAGCUGUCCAACCCAAGGUUGUGUAGAUUUGCUCCUGUUUUCUUCGAGGUGGUGUAUACUUUUAGCCUUUACACUUGCGUCCGUGGUGCAUUUUUACUGACUUAACACACUGAAGUCAGUGUGUGAUGUGACCCCUUCUCUCGUAAGGACUUUUCUGGAACGCUGCUCUCCGGCCAUCCACCGGCCAGAACUUAGCUACAUGGCUAUACUAUCCCAUCUGUGUGAGGCUGGACAGCGUGUGUUUCAGGCAUCUUGUAUUCAACUUGACCGGUUGGAAGCCUCUCGGCCACAAUCUUAGUCUAAACAAGUCCAUUCUAUAGCUUCGUUUUCCAAAUAAAUUGGCGACUUUCACCGCCAGGAUUUAGCAGGGGUGUAGCGCGAACCGCCGCUGGCUGUCCGUCUCUCCCUCUCUCUGUCUCUCUCUCUCCACGGGACCUUCCCCGAGGAAAGCGGUCCCGAGGGACUUCCCGGCCGCCCCUCCACCCCACCCCCGCUCCCGCUGCGAAUUUGGGCUCAAGGCACUUCGCCUUUGUGGAAACGAAACAGCACUUCGCGGCUUCCCGCCGCCCCGCGCGCCGCCCGCCCCUCGCCGCGCCGCGCCCACUCGGCCCCGGGGCCGCCCUCCCCGCGCGCGGGCCGGCCGAUAACGCCGCAGGGCAGCGGCCGCGGGCGGAGCUGCCGCGCGCCAUGGCCUCGUCUCCCGGAGCGCCCCGGGCCCCGGCCGUCCAGGCGCCGCCGCCGCCGCCGGAAGCGCGCACCUCGGAGCGCGGCUCGGACAGCAGAGCUGGUCACCUCUCAUUCUGUACCAAGGUGUGCUAUGGCAUUGGGGGGAUCCCCAACCAGGUGGCCUCCAGCGCCACUGCCUUUUACCUGCAACUCUUCCUGCUUGAUGUGGCACAGAUCCCUGCUGCCCAGGUGUCACUUGUCCUGUUUGGAGGAAAGGUGUCUGGGGCAGCUGCUGACCCUGUGGCUGGGUUCUUCAUCAACAGAAGUAGGAGGACAGGGUCUGGACGACUCAUGCCCUGGGUGCUGGGCUGUACACCCUUCAUCACGACGGCCUACUUCCUCCUGUGGUUCCUGCCCCCCUUCACCAGCUUGCGGGGCCUCUGGUACACCACCUUCUACUCCCUGUUCCAGGCCCUGGCCACGGGGAUCAGCCUGGCCGUGCCAGCCUGCUUCAGGGACCGGCUUGGGCCUGGGGGCUGUGGUCCCGGGCCCCCAGAGGCUGCGUCUGGGCCGCGGGGGCCAGCCUGAGCCCGGCCUGGGCGCCCAGUUCUUCCAGGUGCCCUACGCGGCGCUCACCAUGCUCCUGACGCCCUGCCCGAAGGAGCGGGACUCGGCCACCGCGUACCGGAUGACCAUGGAGAUGGCGGGGACGUUGAUGGGGGCCGCCGUCCACGGCCUCAUCGUGUCGGGCGCCCACGGGCCGCACAGGUGCGAGGACCCCGCGCUCCCCGGACCAGUCGCCAUCUCUCCCGACGCGACUCGUCUCUACUCCAUUGCCUCCGCUGUGGUUGCUGUGACCUACCCUGUGUGCAGUAGUUUGCUCUGCCUAGGGGUGAAGGAGCGACCAGGCUCCUCCGUCCCAGCCUCAGGCCCAGGCCCGAGCUUCCUGGCUGGGCUGGUGCUCACUGUCCGGCACCCACCUUACCUGAAGCUGGUCAUCUCCUUCCUGUUCAUCUCAGCAGCCAUUCAGGUGGAGCAGAGCUACCUGGUCCUGUUCUGUACACAUGCCUCCCGGCUACAUGACCAUGUCCAGGGCGUGGUGCUAACCAUCCUGGUCUCAGCUGUGCUGAGCACGCCCCUGUGGGAAUGGGUUCUACAGCGAUUUGGGAAGAAGACAUCAGCCUUUGGGAUCUGUGUGAUGGUGCCUUUUGCAAUCCUGUUGGCUGCUGUGCCCACAGCACCUGUGGCAUAUGUGGUGGCCUUUGUAUCUGGCAUGAGCAUUUCUGUGUCCUUGCUGCUACCCUGGUCCAUGCUUCCAGAUGUGGUGGAUGACUUCCAGCUGCAGCACCAGCACGGCCCAGGCCUGGAGACCAUCUUCUACUCAUCCUAUGUCUUCUUCUCCAAGCUUUCUGGCGCAGGCGCCCUCGGCAUCUCCACUCUCAGUCUGGAGUUUGCGGGGUAUGAGGCAGGAGCCUGCAAGCAGGCGGAGCAGGUGGUGGUGACCCUCAAGGUCCUCAUCGGCGCCGUGCCCACCUGCAUGAUCCUCACCGGUCUGUGCAUCCUCAUGGUCAGCCCCACUCCAAAGGUGCCCCGCCAGAACUCCUCCCGCCGGCUGAGCCUUCAGAGGCGGACCAGCUACACCCUUGCUUGAAGUCUGAGCUUGCGUGGGCUGGAACAGCAGGAGCCAGCAUCUUCUGGGCUCGACGUUCCUCUUUCUUCUCGGCCCCUUAGCAUACUUACUUCGAAGGUUACAUGCGACCCAUCUUUUCCCCUGGGAUAUGGAGUCUUCAGUGACAUCUCCUGAAGGGACCAGCCUGGUUUCCAGUUCCCUCAGCAGUCAUUUCUUGCCUGUUGACCACAGACCAGGUCAGAUAGGCCUGUGCCCCUGACCACCCAGCUCCAGGUAACCUUGACCUCGAAAGCAUCCCAAUAGCAGCUAUUCCUGGAAAAAGGAAGCCCACAACCUGCUCACCCAACAGGACAGACACACAGACCUCUUGUUCCUCCUAAUACUCCAGUAGACAUCGGAGAGAGAGGCUGACAGACAUCGCACGAAUGGGCAGAGUGGGGACAGAUGGACAUGCUGGGGAUGUCACGAAAAGAGACACAGACAGAUGCACUGAGGCCAACAGACCCCAGAGGGAGCACAUGGGGACAGCGGUGGGGUGAGGAGACCGAGCAGGCCGCCAGAGGCGUUUCUCAAGCCUUUCUCUUUUGUUCAGAUAACACUGUUUCUGGAAAUGGACACAGGCCGAUAUGGAGCCAUCAAAGAUCAAUCAUUUUUAUGAACAAAAGUUCUUUUUGUGGAAAUAUUUUUUUGAAAUGGUAUCUUAUAAAAAGCACAGGGACCACAGUUUUCUAAAGGCCAUAUCUUUGAGGAAGAAAGAUCCACUGAGGUUUAUUUUUUCAAAAAAAAAAAAAAAUUAAAAGGUUUAUCUUCUAUUGAUUCUGUAAAAUAUGACUGUGGCCAGCCCUCUCAUCCCACCUCCUGGGAAACCACUGCCCAAGGAGGGAAGGGGGAGGGUGCCUGACGUCACUGCCCCUGGCUGUGUGUCCUCAGCCGUACAUCCCUGAUUCUGCAUUUCCUCAGGCCAGAGAUGCCACGUGGGA